GAAAUUCAAUAACUUUUUGGUUAUAAUUCAUAUAAUACAAAUUUCUGUUAUACAAUUUUCAAGAAAGGCAAUGGAUCAUGUCGAGAAACAUUACAUAACUUUCAUUUCUGCAAUAAAGUCGUCAAAAGUUUCGCCGUUAUCUCUCGACGUUGCUACGGCGCGUCUCCCACCACGAGCACCAGAUCUGGUCUCGUCUCCUCUCUACGAAUUCAGCGAACUAAACAAUCUCUCAGUUGUGCUCUGCUCUCUGACAUGGAUCUCAAGCCUCCGGACGGUGAGAUCGAAGCUACGGCGACCGUAACCACUAACUGCUUCUUGCCAGCCUCCUCCUCUCCAAUGAAUAACAGCCUCUCCGUGAAAUCGUCAUCUCUCAAUGCUGAGAUUAUGAUGGGUGAAGCUCCGAUUCAAACAAAUACUGCUUCGAUUGUAGAUCCCCUUCUUUGUGACGAUGAGCUCUCCAACACUCCUCUUGCAAUCACCGAUCAGUCAACUGCUAUCACUGAAGCAUCAUCGCCACUGGUAGACUCAGAUAUAGUUCCUCUCACUGAUGAGGAAUCUGAACUAUCUUCUAACCCACCAAAUGCUUUCAUACCAUCGAUUGGAGCAUGGGCUAAACCUCUUGCAUUUGCACCGCCUCCUACUCCACAAACACCAGCAACGCCGUCGGGUUUUGACCCGCAAUAUCUCAACAACUUACUUGAUUCUUUCUGGCCGACUCUAAAUGAUGGAAUUGGGAAAAAUCAGAAGAAAAGAGACCAACGAGCUGCUGUUCGAGAGUUUCCACUCGCUCAUGUUCCAAAAAUUCCUGUUCCAGAACUUAAAGAUGAUGGAAGCUUGAGGUUUCCAUGGGCUGCUAGAAUGAAUCCUGCUACAAGAAAUCUUUAUCGAGCGGCUAAUCCUACCUUCCGACUUGACGGAACUCCUCAGGUUACCAUCCCUUCUCAGGUUCUUAGUUUAGGACCAGAAAAUAAAAGAGAGUAUCUGAUUGGCCAGUUUCAUCGUUGCUCUCUACCUCCUAGAGGUUUGAUUCAUGCUGUAGUAAAUAGGCUGUGGGGAAGAAGUUGCAGAAUAGGUUGUCGUAAGCUUAGCGAGUCAUCUUAUAUGUUUCACAUUCCUCAUGAUUCAACUCGAGAAUGGGUAGUUCAGAGAGGUGUAUGGCAUGUUGACGACUGUUUGUUGUUUGUUUCGCCUUGGAAAUCAGUAAAUUCGCUCAAAGUCCCUGAAGUAUCAACUAUCCCGGUUUGGGUAAACUUAAAGAAUGUUCCAGAUUGUUUCUAUUCAAGAUUAGGUCUCAGUCAUGUAGCAUCAGGACUUGGUGAGCCUAUGCAAACACACAAACCGCGCCUUGAUCCGACUUGCUUGGGGGAAGCAAAGGUUUUAGUUGAAGUAGAGCUUGACAAGCCCUUUCCUAAGCAAAUUGUCUUAGAUGACAAACAAGGUAAUAUAUUCUUGGUAGAUGUUGAGUAUACUUGGAUUCCGAGUACUUGUGGUAGAUGUGGACACUUAGGACAUAAAGAGAAAAGAUGUCUACUCCCAGCUGUCCAAAAGAAUGAGGAAACACUUCCAGUGAAUGAGGUGAUGAAUGAAGAUCGAGGGGUUGGGUCGGAUAAGGAACAAGCUCAGGUCUAUGCUGCAUCGGAAAAAGAGGUGGUACAAGUUGAAGAUUCUGAAGCAAAUUUGGAUUUAGCUUCUACUGAUCAAAUUUUAGAACCCACUAAUGUGACAGAGAUUGAAGAGUUGCAAUCACAAAAGGGUGUUGAGCUUAAGGCUCUUUCAACGCCGGUACACUUUCUCGUCCAUUCUAAGGAAACUAUAGCCAUUGGCUCCAACUCUCAAUUCACUACAUCACCAUUAGCAGGUACUGCUCCUGCUCCGGCUGAACCAACUAUUAUGGAAGAAAUUCCAUCUCAUAUUAUUGUUUCCGAGACCAGUUUGGAAUCAGGAGGCAAUUCAUUGGCCUUUAUGUACACACCUACGCAUGGCAGCCCUUUUCACAAUGCUAUUGAGCAAUUCAAUGUUCAUGAUGUUGGAGAUGGGUUAAUGAGUGAUGCUACGGCAAAUCUCAACAUGUCAAGAGGUGGAAGGCCAAUAAAACCAAGUCAAAAAUAUCAAGAUAAGGAUUGGAUCAAGAUACAAGGGAAAGGUAAGCGACGUCGUCGAGGCCGUGGAUACCACACUCCCUAGUGUUUCCUUCUUUCUUAUCUUGUUUUAUUAAGCUUAUGUCCAUAAGUUUCUAUUUUCUAAGUUAUUGCUUAGCUCAAUAUGAGAUUGUUUCUCAUCAUGCUUUUUAAAACUUUAUGGUUUCAAAACCAUACCUUGUAUGUUUUAUGUUUUUAAUUUGAAUGCCCUGUUUCAAAAAAAAAAAAAAAAGAAA